AUGUCGAAAAUUACAUCCGAGAAAACUUUAAACCAAUCUUCUGCUAACAUGAUAUCUAUAGUUUGUAUUUUGAUUAUAUGUGGACUUUAUUUAUUGAAAGUAUAUUCGAAAUCUAGACAUGAACCGCCGCUUCUAGCUGGUGGUCUUCCUAUAUUAGGACAUGCACAUCUACUAAUUGGGGGUGGUUUACGAUUAUGGAAAAGUGUUAAAAUCAUAUCGUAUAAAUGCUGUAAAGCUGGAGGCAUUUCAACAUUACUAAUGGGUCCUUUUAAAUUUUAUGUAUUAACAGAUCCUGACGAUUUUAUGACUGUUGCGAACUCGUGUUUAGAGAAAGGCUUCUUAUAUAAUUUUGCUAAACCGUGGCUUGGGGAGGGCUUGUUGACUGCACCGCGUAAGUAA